GGAGGGGGAAGCAGGACCGGCCACAAGAUUUGAGGGGCCCAAUGCAAAAUGAAAAUAUCAGGUUCCUUGAUCAUAAGUUAUUGAGAAUUCCACAACCAUGACAGCAGAGCAUUAAACGCAGCGCGGGCGCGUGAGAGUGCAGCCCAUGAGCCUGGCCCUGUGCUUCCAGGACUGUGGUCCCGAUAAGGUGCUGGGACCCUCCAUUACGAAGGGCGCCUGUAUGGUAUCGUUUCUUGGUUUCCAUUGUCGGUGCCGUUUGCCCUCCCCAGUGCUUCUGGAUGGAUCUUCGUCACCAUCCUGGGAUUGCUCGCCAUCCUCAAGCUUGAAAGCUCACUUGAAACCAUUUGGGUGGGUGGGGGGCGGCUCUUUCAGUGGUGAGUUGGAGUGGCUGAAGGCUGCGGCUGUCCUUUUCCCAGGCGUCUUCCUUUGAGGCUGGCAGAAUGAUGGAGAAGUGAUACUAAUUGUGUGAAAGCAACCCCUUCAGCCAACUCCUGUCUUCCUGGGAGGGCCCCUGGAAGAAACAGCUGAAGAACUUGAAGCCGAAGAGUUCGAAUGCCUUGCCGAGACCAUUCUGCUGUGAAAAAAAAAAAUGCAAGCAACCUGAAGAGAACUUCCACAGGCCGGGAGAACAUAGCCCUGCCUAGCUGGAGGAAAGUCAGAGAGCAUCUGCGAAGAGGCUGGAAGCUUCAUUUUGCAGACACACAAGAUCUCUGCAUCCCUCACAGAGAAGUUUUUUUCUGAUUUUGUUUCUCUUGAAACACCUGGAGUGAGGAUAAACCUCUGCAUCGGCCAAGCAGAAGAAACAGGAUCUGUGACCGAAGUGGAUCAGUCAGGAGGGGCUCCUCGCAGAGUAAAGGGAAGCACUUUUCACCCUGUUUUAGAGUGAGAAGUUGAUUCAUGAACAUACAUGAUUAACAAGACAUGGGCUGUGGCACUUCGUCUUCAGUGAAAGACAAGAAAUCUGAGACAGCGCUAAAAGCCGCAUUGGUCAUCCAGAACUGGUACCGAGGUCGUAGUGCUCAGCUGAAGACCAGACAACGCUAUGCCCUCACCAUCUUCCAGUCCAUCGAAUACGCUGAUGAACAAGGCCAAUUGCAGCUAUCCAACUUCUUCUCCUUCAUGUUGGAAAACUAUACACGUGUACUUGAGGAAGAUUCAGAAUUAGUAACUCACCUUCUUGGCAGCAACAUCCAGGACAAGGAUAGACGGGACUAUUUGGGGUUGAUAGACGUCCCAGACUCCUACUGUGGUCCUCGGCUGCAAUUUCCUCUCACUUUUACUGAUAUUGAUUUACUUAUUGAGGCCUUCAAGCAACAACAGAUACUUCAUGCUUAUUAUGUCUUAGAGGUGCUAUUUGAAACCAAGAAGCUCCUGCAGCGAAUGCCGAAUUUCACUCACACAAAAACUUCUCCCUCCAAAGAGAUAACAAUCUGUGGUGAUUUGCAUGGGAAACUGGAUGAUCUUUUUUUGAUCUACUCGAAGAAUGGUCUCCCCUCAGUGAGCAACCCAUAUGUUUUUAAUGGUGAUUUUGUGGAUCGAGGAAAAAAUUCCAUGGAGAUCCUAAUGAUCCUGUUUGUGAGUUUUCUGGUCUACCCCAACGACCUGCACCUGAACAGAGGCAACCAUGAAGAUUUUAUGAUGAAUAAGAGGUAUGGCUUCACAAAAGAAGUUUUGAAUAAAUAUAAGCUACAUGGGAAAAAAAUCUUACAAAUCUUGGAAGACGUCUAUACCUGGCUCCCAAUUGGUACAAUCAUUGACAAUGAAAUCCUGGUCGUACACGGAGGGAUAUCAGAGUCCACAGACUUGAAUUUACUCCACCGUAUAGAAAGAAACAAAUUUAAAUCUGUGCUGAUGCCACCAGUUCCAAUAGAUGGAGACCGUGCUACUGAGAAGGAAAAUAAAGUGGGUACAACCAGUACAGCUCGGGGAAUCAGAACAAAUGGAUCCCUUUCUGAACAAUUAACAAAGCAUGAAUGGGACCAGGUUAUCGACAUUCUGUGGAGUGAUCCCAGAGGCAAAAGAGGCUGUUACCCAAAUACAAGUCGAGGAGGGGGCUGCUAUUUUGGACCAGACAUUACCUCCAGGAUUCUUAAUAAAUACCGGUUGAAGAUGCUUAUUAGGUCUCAUGAAUGUAAGCCCGAAGGGUAUGAAAUUUGCCAUGAUGGGAAGGUUAUUACUGUAUUUUCUGCAUCUAAUUAUUAUGAAGAAGGUAGCAAUCGAGGAGCUUACAUCAGAGUGAGUUCUGGUACGCCCCCCCGAUUUUUCCAGUACCAAAUGACUAGCGCAACGUGCUUGAGGCCUCUUUACCAAAGGGUGAAUGCUGUUGAAAGUAGUGCCAUCAGGAUGUUAAAAGAGAGAAUGAUUUCACGAAAAACUGACCUCAUUCGUGCUUUCCAACUUCAAGACUGCAGUAAAUCAGGAAAACUUUCUGUGGGCCAGUGGGCUUUUUCCAUGGAGAACGUUUUGGGGCUGAGCUUGCCAUGGAGAUCCCUGAGUUCACGUCUGGUAACCACAGACAAAGAUGGAAAUAUUGACUACAUGUCCAGCUUCCAAGAUAUCCACAUUCAGAAACCUGUGAAAGAGGUUCAGCCUACUCUGAUUGAAACAGUGUACAGAUACCGAUCUGACCUGCAAAUCAUCUUUAAUGUCAUUGACUCUGAUCACUCAGGCCUGAUCUCCAUGGAAGAAUUUCGUAGCAUGUGGAAACUUUUCACAAGUUACUACAGUGUCUGUAUUGAUGAUUCCCAGUUAGAUGAGCUCGCCGAAAGGAUGGACUUAAACAAAGAUGGAAGCAUUGACUUUAAUGAGUUUUUAAAGGCUUUCUAUGUAGUGCAUAAAUUUGACAAGUUGAAUAAAUCAGACACCACGGUUGCUUAACAA